CCACAUGCGCAGUGGCGGGCGUGGUGAGAAAAGUGCCAACACUUUGACAACCGAAGGAUUGGCAAGCAGAUGUGCCUCGAAAAGCGGUUAUAAUAAAUUCAGUGAAUUGUAAAUGUGCUAGAGCUAAAUGUAAUUUAAAGGCGCAACCAAAUCAUACGAUAGAUGGUUCUAUAAAUAUGCCCAGUGGCUAAUUGCGAGGGCAGCCACUUGUGUCUGUUUUGUAUCGAUUUGUGAAAGGUUAAACCGUAUAAUUCGCACCCUGUAUGCAAGUACGGCAGGAAAAACAACAGAGCCCUCACGCCCACUUAGUGGCCAAUCUGGAAAAUAAUGCCAAGGUCCAAAAGCCAUCGGGUCGUCUAACAACGGGCAGUAAUUAAAACAGAUUUGCCACCGGAAAUACCGACGCAAGCAACAGCUCGAGGCCAUGGAUGUGGGUGGACAGGAAACCACCUAUGAGCCACUGGAUGGACGGAGCUCUGGGCGUUCGAGGAGCACCCAUUCCGCAACUGGACCCGGUCUGAGGCAUCCUGCCAGUAUGGACAGUCCCGAGUUCGAUACACGGGCCCCCAAGGAUCAGCGGCACUCCGUCUACCUGGCUCUCCUGGCAGCGGGCAUUGGUUUUGUUUUGCCCUACAAUAGUUUUAUUAUUGCGGCGGACUACUGGCAGGCUCGUUUUCCUGGUCGUCCGGUGGCCCUGGACAUGUCGAUGACGUACAUCUUCGUGGCCUUCGCCACCGUGCUGAUGAACAACAUAGUGCUGUCGGUGGCUCCGUUCCAGUCGCGAGUGCUCUUCGGCUACAUGAUAUCCUUCACCACGCUGAUCUUCGUGGCCGUCUGCGAGGUGGCCUGGCACAUGUUCGCCUCCAACACCGCCUACCUGGUGAACAUGUCCGCCGUGGCCCUGACCGCCAUCGGGUGCACCGUGCAGCAGUCGAGCUUCUACGGAUUCGCCUCGAUGCUGCCCAAACAGUACACCCAGGCGGUGAUGGCCGGCGAGAGUAUCGCCGGAUUCCUGGUGUCUUCCAACCGAGUCGUUACCAAGCUGCUGAUCAACAACGAUCGCGUGUCCACGGUCAUCUUCUUUCUGACCUCCACGCUCUACAUACUCUUUAGCUACCUGUUGCACGUGGCCACCAUCAACUCGCCGUUUGUGCGGUUCCAUGUGGAGGCCUGCUCAAAGAUAGUCCUCCGGCCGGAUGAGGAGAUUGAUGGAGUUCCAAGUAGUACUCGAUACGGGGUGCUCUCAAUGGACGGCACCCACACCACGACCACAUCGGUGGGACCACCAGGCACCGGAAAUACCCUGAGUUUUAGUAACCCCGUCUACGAACUGUCCAAUCCUACUGCUGGUGAGAGCAGCAUCGAAGCCUUGGGACAACUUCCCGAGCUUCCGGCCACACCCCCCGCCCAGGAGCCCACAACGCCCACGACUGUAGCCUUUAAGGUGGAGCACGUGAUCACCCCACGCCGUUGCCGACCGAGUAAGCUGGGGGACAUCCGCGAGGGUUUCGUGACCCGGUGGCGGGUGGCCCAGGUGAUCUACCCGCACAUGGUGUGCAUCGCCCUCGCCUACUGCGUGACCCUCUCCCUGUAUCCGGGCAUCGAGGUGGAAGUGCAGUCCUGCGCCCUCCGCUCCUGGAUGCCGGUGCUGCUGAUGUUCUGCUUCAACACUUCGGAUGUGGUGGGAAAGAUCCUAGCCGCUAGUCCGUAUCCCUGGUCGCGUCGCCAGCUGAUCCUACUGUCGGGGCUGAGGAUCGUCCUGGUACCGCUGCUCCUCCUCUGCUGUGCUCCUCGCCAGCGGCCCGUGAUCUCCGGCGAAACGGCGCCCUUUGUCUUCACCAUCGCUUUGGGUAUCACCAAUGGAUUAGCCGGCAGCUUGCCCAUGAUGUUGGCCCCGGCAAAGGUGCCGGGAACUCUGAAGGAGGUCACUGGCAACAUAAUGACCUUGUCGUAUAACGUGGGUCUGACGGUGGGCUCCCUGAUUGGAUACGUCUUCGAGAGCAUGCUGGGGCCGCAGCUGGUGAAUCCCUGUCCCUCGUAUCCCUACGUGCCCGCCUCGAUGCUGGAGCAGUUCCACGGCCACGGGCAUGGACAUGGCCACCUGCCGCAUCCGCUGCCGCUGACGAGCACCAGCACGAUGAGUCCACCAACCACGGGGGCCACCACGCUGGCGCCACUCCUGCUCAACACCACGAUGCUCACCCUCGGCAGCUCCAGCUCCACCACCAGCACCGCCAGUCCGGCACUGGCCACCGUGAUCACCACCACGGCCCUGGCGCUCUACAGCACGGUGGCCACCGGGAGUGCCGAGGUGAUCAACGCCACCAUAACCUCGAUCCUGUCCACGGUGACCAGUUCGGUGGGCGAUAUCAGCGACGAGAUGACCACAGAUCCCCAAACGCAGGAUGCGCUGCUGGAUAGCAUCUAAGGGGGAUUCUCCUUUAAGAUUCGGAAAAAAGUCAACAUUCUACACAGCCAUAUCUACGUCAGAAUGAUAAUUUAUACUUUUAUUGCAAAACUCGGUACUUAAAGAUUGUAUAGAUUGCUCGUAGAGUUCUAGGUGUAAUGGGGAAAUUGUAAAUCAAUAUCACAGACAGAGAAAGAACCUCACUAAUGUUUUAUGUAAUAAUAACCAUAUUACUUUUAACAGGUAAUUGUAAAAUACCUCAAUUAUUCACAUUCUAAACCAGCGUUACAAUGGCAGUAACCAGAGUUUAAAAGGUUUUUGAUUCUUUGCUUAAAGAGUUGUUUAAGUAUUUCAAUUAGUUGAAAUUGUUCCCAAACUGACGGUUGCCUAUUAGUAAAACACCAUUAUAGUGAAAUUUGGAACUGCUGGGCUGGUCGAUGAAUUGCUUAAUUCAACGAGAAAAUAUACUUCAAUAUAUCGAAAAAAGUAAGACAACGUUUAUUUACGAUUAAAGCAAAUGAAGAGCAAACCAAUUUGGUCGUCUGAAUACUUUUUAAUCUAUUUUUUAGAGCUUUCAUAUGGCAAAAAAACUAGAUAAAAUUUCAAAUUUUUCGAAUACAUUUAUAUUAAAAGCUCAACAUAUAACAAAUGUGAACAAAGAUUCCAGUUGAAAGCAAGCGCAAACUUCUAACUAUAGGCAAUACUACUCCUGUAUGUACUAAAUACUAUAUAUCUAUAACUAUAGAGUGUCUAGGGUAUUCUCGCUUUUAGUUUGUUUUCAGCCUCUAGCGUCUAAAGUCUAGGCCCCAAAUAUUUAUCUCCGAAUAUACUCCAAGUGCUAGGGAUUUCAAAUUGCAAACCUGUUGACUUAGAAUAUAUGCGUGUGAACGGGUGUCUGUUUAUUUUUGUAAGAGUGAGAAAUGGGCAAUUGCAAUUGAAAAAUAUGAUAUACCGACAAACAGAAAGUCCAUCAGUGAAAAAAGUAAUGAAAACCCUUUGGUUUGAGUUAGCAAGCAAACAAGAAGAUUGUAAGAUAUCUGAGUGUCGGGUACCAUAAGUGUUGUAAGCAUUGUAAGCCAUCAAGUGCAAAAGCUGGUCUUAAAUUAAUUUGUUGCUUUUAUAUUUUUGAUUUGGCUAAAUUUGUAAGCAAGAGGGCAAUGGAAACAUCUGUGUAUCGAUAGAUAAAAAUUAAGACAACAGAACCUGCAGAACAUAAAUAAAUGUUAACAUAGAAAUAUUUAAA